CCCGACACUUCCGGGCGGUCACUUCCUCCUUUGUCUCCUAGCAACGGCUGGAAGCGUUGUUGACAUCCCGGGAGGCUGCGGCGCCGGACUGAGCCCGGAGUCUCGCCGCCCGCGCGAUGGCAGAGGUGGAGGAAACCCUAAAGCGGAUCCAGAGCCAUAAGGGGGUUAUUGGAAAUAUGGUUGUAAAUGCAGAAGGUAUUCCUAUCCGAACAACCUUGGACAACUCGACCACAGUUCAAUACGCAGGUCUGCUUCAUCAGCUGACGACGAAAGCCCGGAGCACGGUCCGCGACAUCGAUCCUCAGAACGACCUCACUUUUCUCAGGAUCAGAUCAAAGAAACACGAAAUCAUGGUAGCGCCAGAUAAGGAAUAUCUUCUGAUUGUCAUUCAGAAUCCGUGUGAAUAGACCUGCUGCGGCGGCCAAGGAUGUCCUAGUGACAUGGGGCUGGAAACACUUCACUAUGUAAUGAUUACUAAAAUUGUAUUCCAAUC